AUGCGUGAGCCGCACAUCAGAAUAGUUGACUUCGGUGUUGCUUUACGAGCACCAGAAGUCACAAUUGGUGCUCAUUGGGAUGCUAAGGUUGAUAUCUGGAGCCUCGGUUGCCUUGUUAUUGAGUUUAUGCAAGGGAUAGUGCCUUUCUCUGGAGUGGCAGCAAAAAAACGGUUCGUGGACGGUUGA